AUGGUUCGAUCCAUUCACCCUGCUGCUGCUGCCAAGCAGCUCUCGCAGCCAUGCCAGCGGUUCUUCUCAACUUCUCGACCCGCUUUGCGCCUAUCGGCAUCGCCCGCCGGCGAACUCGCUGCCCGCCGAAAUGUUACAGCUACAGCCAAAGCAUCUCGCUAUUCCUCCACACACUUGCGACACUAUUCCCUCCGGUCGCCCUUUGUUCAGCAAUAUGCUCGCUUCUCCUCCUCGCCCGCGCGCCCGGCUACGAAAGUUACCCAGAAUCCGAGAACCGGAGAUGACGGCGAGGCGCUCAUGAUCAAUAUCUCUCCGCGCGCUGUGGAGCGCCUUCGAGAAAUCACUGAUCCAUCCUCCUCUCCCUCCGCCAUGAAAGAAGAAAACCCCUACCACCACCUGCGCAUCACCGUUACCAGUGGCGGAUGCCAUGGAUUCCAAUACAUGAUGUCUUUAGAGUCGGCAAGCAAAAUUGAUCUGGAAGAGGACACCAUUUUCGAGGGCGAGGCCGAGGCUUCAGAAGGAUCCACGGGGGUCGCUGGCGAAGCCAAGGUCAUCAUGGACGAGCCCUCGUUGGAGCUGUUAUCCGGCAGUACAGUUGACUACACCACUGAACUUAUUGGAAGUCAGUUCAAGAUUGUCGAUAAUCCCCGCGCAACCAGUAACUGUGGCUGUGGAACGAGCUUUGAUGUGAUGGAUUGA